AUCCCUCCUCCGCCUCCUCCUGACUCCGGGCUCACGGCAGCAGGUUGUCAGCAGCUUUCCCCUGGAGGAGCAGCUAACGGGGAGCAGGAGCACCGCGGGAUAUGUGGCGUAGUGGCGGCUGAGCGCGUCCGCUUUGAGGGAACGGUGAUGGCGGGGUCAAAGAUGUCCCUCCCUCUGGCUGCUGCUGUGGCGGCGGUCCUCUCGGUGCUGCUGGCAGCAUCGACCCACGCUGGUCCAGAGAUGGACCCUUACAAAAUAUUAGGGGUGACGAGGAGCGCGAGCCAGGCUGAGAUCAAGAAGGUCUACAAGCGCCUGGCCAAAGAAUGGCAUCCUGACAAAAACAAAAACCCAGGCGCUGAGGACAUGUUUAUCAAGAUCACCAAAUCCUACGAGAUCCUGUCCAGUGAGGACAAGCGUGCCAAUUACGACCGCUACGGGCAGACCGAUGACACUCAGCCGUACGGAAACAACAGAUAUGGCAAUCGUCACGACGGCUUCUACUUCGACGAGUCCUUCUUCAACUUUCCCUUCAACAGCAAGAACCACAGAGACUUCACUGACAGCAAGUACACGUUGCACUUCAACCAGUAUGUCAACAACGUGGUCCCAGACAGCUACAAGAGACCCUACCUGAUCAAGAUCACCUCUGACUGGUGCUUCAGCUGCAUCCACAUUGAGCCUGUGUGGAAGGAGGUGGUGCAGGAGAUGGAGAGUCUCGGGGUGGGAAUCGGCGUCGUGGAUGUGGGCUAUGAGAGACGUCUAGCGAAUCACCUCGGAGCCCACCGCACGCCGUCCAUCCUCGGAGUCAUCAACGGCAAAGUCACGUUUUUCCAUUACGCUGUAGCAAAGGAGCACCUGAGGCAGUUUGUGGAGGAUCUUCUCCCUCAGAGAUUGGUGGAGCGGGUCACUGAUAAAAAUGACCUGCAGUUCUUGAACAGCUGGCACGAGCUCAACAAGCCACAUGUGCUGCUGUUCGACCAAGUGCCUGCAGUUCCUUUACUAUACAAGCUGACAGCUUUUGCUUAUAAGGACUACCUUCAGUUUGGCUAUGUGGACCAGGGCCUUUCUGAGACCGCCAAUCUUCAGAAGCAGUUUAAUAUUAACACUUACGCUCCGACCAUGCUGAUCUUCAAAGAGAACACCGACAAGCCGGCCGAUAUUAUCCAGGCUAAAGGAAUGAAAAAGCAAAUUAUUGAAGAGUUCAUGUCAAACAACAAGUUUCUCCUCGCACCUCGGCUCGUCAGUCAGAAGCUCUUUGACGAGCUGUGUCCUGUCAAACAGUUUCACAGACGACGGAAAUACUGCGUCCUGCUGAUCACAGGUGAUGAAGAGAUCUUUUCCUUUGGGAACCAGGCCUUUCUUUCGUUUGCUUCUGCCAACACCAGGGAAGUUGUGCGAUUUGCCUACGUGUACCAGCGCCUCCAGCAACCGCUGUGUGACAUCCUCAUGCAAAACAAAGAGAGCGCCCAGUCACCCCCACAGGUUGUGAUCCUGGAGCGGCGUAAUGCUGCGGGGAAAGCCUUUUACAAGCCGGUGACUGCCUGGAACGGCAGCGAGGAGGACAAGCAGCGCCUCCUGGAGGAGCUGGACCGACUGCAGAAGGACCCGUCCAUCCUCAUCCACGAUGCAAUGCUGCCCGAACUCAACAAUGAGUUUGCUUCUAUGUUUGUAAUCCGGUGGAUCUAUGCAUCGUACGAUUACCUCUCUGAAGUCAUUGAUGAUAUCCUUCAUAACAACUGGCGUGAGAUGAUGCCUCUUCUGUCCCUCAUCUUCUCUGCCUUAUUCAUCUUGUUUGGGACGGUGGUCAUCCAAGCAUUCAGUGACUCCAGUGACGAUAAACAGACAAAACCAAAGGCUAAAGAUGGAACAAAAGCAGAAAAUGGCUCAUCGGGGACCAGUGGAACCUCGAGUCGUCCUCCCAAGAAGAACUUUGUGGAGGUGACCGAGCUGACGGACAUCACCUACAUCAGUAACCUGGUGAAGCUGAGGCCGGGACACAUGAACAUCGUGCUGGUGCUCACCGACGCCUCCAAGAACAUCCUGCUGAGCAAGUUCGCCAAGGAGGUGUACUCCUUCACCGGGAGCCUGACCCUGCAUUUCUCCUUCCUGAACAUCGACAAGCACAGCGAGUGGAUGAGCACGCUGCUGGAGUACGCCCAGGACGCCAUGCAGAUCGACGCCGAGGAGGACGACGGCGGGGCCCGCAAGGCGGACUACACCGGCUACGUGCUGGCGCUCAACGGCCACAAGAAGUACCUGUGCCUGUUCAGGCCCGUCUACACCGGCGAGGACCACGACAGCAGGUCGUCGGAGGACGAAGGCGGCGCCCCGGGCGGCCGCUCCAGGUCCCGCUCCCGCGACGACCACCCGCCGCGCAAGUCCAAUCGAUCCCGCAGCAUAUCCACCCUGCAGAUCCACCACAAACUGGACCGGCUGGGGCUGUGGAUGGAGAGGCUCAUGGAGGGAACGCUGCCUCGCUACUACAUCCCCACCUGGCCCGGGAUCGACAAGAUCACCCCCUGUAAAUAGACCGAGGGGUGAGGGGGGGGUUAGUAUUUAUCUACUGUCGCACUGAAAUGAUUCCCUUCAUUAGGCUAGAGCUGCCUUUUUAUAUUUUGCACUUGAUAUAUUAGCCGGUAUAUAUUUCUUUUUAGGUUUAUGAAUUCUCAGUCCAACUACUGUGUGAACCUCCUGCACUCAUCGCAUGCUGUUUUCAACUGUGGUGCCCAGAUUUUAUUCGAGGAUCUGCUGCUGCUGCUGCUGCUGCUGCUGCAGCCUUGAGAGGAGAACAUUAAAUCACUGUGGCCGACUGGACUCUCCUCCUCCACGGACGCUGAACACAGCCGGUACGACGGAAGGAGGCGGGGUCGCAACCUCAGAGGGACUUCCUGUGAAUUAAUUUAAACUUCAGGAUGAUUCAGUGUAAUAUGAAGACACGCUGGAGGAGCGCCACAGACACUGCUGUGCUGUAUCGAGUAAGAUAAGAUGGGCUUCAUUCUCAGCUCCGCGGUGACUCAAUGUGGGAUCUGUCCGGGUUUUCAAAGCGUUUCGGUCCUCAGACGAGAAUGAAGCCUUCUAUAAAGAAUACUGUGAAUACAGAUGCAUGAAAAUCACACAUAUUUAAUGUUGUUGCCUUUUUAUGCAUCUCAGCUUAACUUUUUUUUGUUUUUUUGGAAUUUUUUUAAUUCUAAAUUAUCUCCUAAAUGCUGAUUCUUGUGUGCAAUAUAGCCGUCAUGAUAAUGCCUUUUCACGCCGGACCUCAAGGCUUUCUUCAUGUUCUUCCAUAAUUACUGCAGAAAAAGAUGUUUGUUUGGGAUGAAAAUGUACUUUCACCUCCGUCCUGUAUGACUAACUCGCAGCCUUGGUCUGUUCAGCUGUCUCGGUUUGCCAGUAGCGUCAUGUAGCAAACAUUUUGUCCGUUUCACCCUCCGAAUGUUUUCCUGCUGAUGAUUCAACGUCAUGUAACCACCUGGAAGUGGAACUUAGCUUUUAUUCAUGUUUUCUGUCCACAGUAAAUGUAGAAAAAUGCCAUUAGUGAGAUAUUUGUUGGUAUUAAGUAUUGUAAAUAUUACAUAUGAUUGAAUUAUAUCUUAGAUCUGCAUUUUAAAGAAAAGGUGAAUGUUUUACAUGAUCAAAAUACUGUGGUUUGUUUUCAAAGUUUUGUAUUUGUGUAA